AUGAGCAGCAAUGCCAGGAGGAUGAUCUCAGGCUCGACGGAGGACCCACAUUCACUCUUGCCGGCCCCUUCUCGCCCUCAAGUCGACACUGCAGUUUUACUUAACCUUCGUAGCCACUCGGUUGUUCGCCAGCUUGGGUCCGGCGACCUGCUUCCAGGAAACGUCGAGCGCGAGUUUGAGAAGGCAUUUUCACGGUUCGAGCAAGUCAACGCAAUCAUCGAAUGGUCUGCCGCCAGCAUAGCGCGUAUCGACCAACGCAAGUUGUCUAUUGAUCUUGGAAGACGAAGAAAUGGCCAAUGUCUAUUCAAGAAGGUGGUCCACUGGCACUUGCGGAGCCGCGAGUCGUUUCUUGAUGAAUAUUCGGCGUUUGUCGAUGUGGUAGUCAAUGGUGGCUGUACGGGGACAAGCUUGCUGCUGAAAUGGCGCACUAACGGUGUCCAGAACGGGCAGGAAGCGCUCUUCCGAGAGGUUUUGUGCAACUUAGGUCAUAAAGGGACACGACUCAGCUAA